UUGUACAUAAAAGUUAACAUAACUGUGUAUUUUAGGAUAAAUCUGACUGAAUCUGAACCAAUAAAUCUUCCGUCUUAGAGCACUGUCACCAAUUAUUUUUUAUGAAGAAAACCAUGUUUUCCAGAUAAGAUGCAACAGGUAUUAGCUUUUUAUUCUACUUUUUCAUAUCUUAACUUACUGUUCGCUAUCAAAGCAACACACAAACUCAAGGCUUUUAUUUUGAAAACCUUUGCUUUCUUUCCUUUUUAAUAUAAACGUGGACUUCUGUUACACUAAAUUUUAAAGCUGGCUAAUUAAAAAUGAACACAGGGGCACUUUUUAGAUGUCAGAAUAGCAACAAGAUAAUUCUUCAAGCAAUUUUGUUAGUUUGUUACUGAACACUUGAAGACAAGUAAUGAAAUCAUUUCUGUUUUCUUAUAACAUGCAGAAGCAAUUUCUAUGUUUUUUUUUUUUUUUUACUAAAUUUUUAAGGUUCUCCGAUGUUUCUCUCUUUGGAAUGUGUUGGAAUGAGAAUCUGAUGCAAUUGUGGAGCUCAGGAACAAGGAGGCAGCCUUUAUUUUAAGUUCUUUUGGAGAAGAUAGGAGUGCCUGUAAUGCUGUUUUGCAUGGAAACCUCUGAAGAAAUGGCCAAUCCAAACUUUUCAGUUCAACAAAUUAUUUAUAUCAACAAAUGUGUUUUAAAAAAUUUGAAAACCAGAGCAACAGUGUGUCUUUAUACUGUUUAAAAAUCAGUUGAAGGUGCUAGAUUGCCCCAUUUCCUUAGCAGUCAAAGACCUAAAAUAUAAAAUGAUAUGAAUUUGAUAGCGUUUUAGUGAAGAAAAAGAAAAUGAUCCUAUUCAAGCCAUCCAUGAACAUUCAGAACCUACAGAAAAUACACAUAAAUUGUAGUUUUAUACAAAUAUGUGCUAAUAUCAUUUUGCUUGAACUAACACGUUUAGCUGUUAAAUGACUCAUUUAGUUAAUGACAAAUCCGUGGGAAGGAUUUCUUGAAUAAAAAGGUUUUUGUUGUACACUUAAUCAUAGUUUCAGGGUUUCCCAUGACCCCUGACCCUCUGAGAAUGACCCUCAAAAAAAAAAAAAAAAAAAAACUCCCUUGAGCAUGUUCUAUCUGCAUUUAUAGCAGUUGCUGUUUGCGUGUAACUGUUUGCUGGGGAAGCUUUUGAUCAGUGACGCCACCCACAGAUACACGAAGCAUGAAGGCCAAACUGCACUGAAUUGAUUGAACAAACCCCCCUCCCUCCCUUUCUAUCCAACUCAAACAUGCUUGUGGUGUCCUAAUAUCCGCAUCAUGUUAAUACACUACAGUAAGAGCAACAGUGUGUGACAACAACCGUAUUAAAUUAUAGAUGUUGCAGUAAAGUUUACACAUUGGUAGCCUACUGAUAUCAAUGCAGAUCAGCCAUAUUUUGAGUUAUAUUCCAUUUUGAUAUUUAUUUUUGCAUAUGUGUUGCAUUUUUAGUUAAUUUAUGUGCAAUUAAAAAAAAUCAUAACUUUAUUUGCACUUACUGUGUGACUUCAACAGCAUUUAAUUAUGGAUGUUGCAGCAUCAGUGCUGCCAUCAAUACAGUUCAGCCAUAUUUUGAUUUUAUCUUAUUUUUUAUCUGUGUGUGGCAUUUUAGGUUGAUUAAAAAAACAUUUUAAAGAAUUACAACUUUGUUUGCACUUAUGUGGUUUUUUACCAUCUAUUUGUGCUCCUUCCCUUUGCUUCCCCUGCCUUUGUCUCCCUCCCUCUUUUUUUCUCUCCCAGGCGAGUGAUGUAUGCUGCAAACGGUGAGUGUGUGUAAAGUGAGCGCGAGGCAAGUGUGUGUGCGCGCGUGCGUUCAAGUGGAGCUAGGAAAAAAAGAAGAAAGAGAGAGAGAGAGAGAGAGAGGCAGCCUAAACCCCCCAACACGGAGCAUGCCUCUGCGUCCGGCAGCCGGCAAACAUGAGCCAGCCAGCUCUGCGCGGCAGGACCAGCAGCCGCGCGCGCACUCACACACACUCACGCACACACACGCAGCCAACGGCAGCCAGGGGGGCAGCACCGACAGCGGCAGCUCCCGGGAAGAGGAGGACAGCGGCGUUCUGGCUUUCCGUCCCGGUGCAGAGCGAGGCUACAGCGCGCGUGCACCCAUGGAGGAGCCGACGGGCAACACGGUGGUCAUCCGCAUCGGAAUCCCAGACCUGCAACAGACGAAAUGCUUGAAAUUCAAUGUGGAUGCUCCAAUCUGGCUGUCCAAGCAGCAAAUCCUGUGUACUCUCAACCAGAGCCUGAAGGAUGUGCUCAACUAUGGCCUGUUCCAGCCAGCUUACAACGGCAAGGCCGGGAAAUUUCUGGAUGAAGAAAGACAGCUAAGGGAAUACCCGUUCCCAUCCAUCGCCCCUGUACCUUACCUCGAGUUCCGCUAUAAAAGACGUGUCUACACACAGACCUACCUUGAUGAAAAGCAGUUGUCCAAGCUCCACACCAAGGCCAACCUGAAAAAGUUUAUGGAAUAUGUGCAGCAGAGGAACAUUGAAAAGGUCUCAAGGUUCCUGGAUAAAGGCCUGGAUCCAAACUUCCAUGAUCCAGACACAGGAGAGUGUCCGCUAACACUAACGGCCCAGCUGGAGGGAUGUGCAGACCUCAUCAAAGUGCUAAAAAAUGGAGGGGCACAUCUGGACUUCAGAACAAAGGAUGGUAUCACAGCCCUGCACAAGGCCGUGCGCAGCAAGAACCACACAGCUCUUAUAACUCUCCUGGAUUUGGGUGCAUCACCUGAUUAUAAAGACAGCAGGGGCCUGACUCCUCUGUACCACUGCUCUAUGGUCGGAGGAGACCCUUACUGCUGUGAACUGUUACUACACGAUCAUGCACAAGUCGGCUGUGUGGACGAGAACGGCUGGCAGGAGAUACAUCAGGCGUGUCGAUAUGGCCACGUGCAGCACUUGGAGCACCUGCUGUUCUAUGGAGCUGACAUGAGCGCCCAGAAUGCAUCUGGAAACACCGCCCUACAUGUGUGUGCUCUCUACAACCAGGAAAGCUGUGCACGUGUUCUCCUGUUCCGCGGAGCCAAUAAAGAGAUCAAAAACUACAACAGCCAAACUGCUUUUCAAGUGGCUAUUAUCGCUGGAAACUUUGAUCUGGCAGAAAUCAUCAAGGUGCACAAAGCAUCAGAUGUUGUGCCUUUCAGGGAGACCCCCUCCUACACCAACCGUCGACGUCUGACAACCGGCCCCCUGCCCUCACCACGGUCCCUGCUCCGCUCUGCGAGUGACAACAACCUGAACGGUGACCACGAUCACAUUCACAGUCAGCCCCCCAGAGAGGGCCGUGGUCGUCAGGGCCCGUCGCCUGUCCCCUCGCUGCGCAGCCUCCCAGCCUUCGGGCAACAGCACAGCAGCCUUGGAGAAGUAAGACAUGUUAAAAAGAGUCGUCACGGUGAGAUCCCUGACAGCAGUCUUCAGAGCACCGGCAGCUCCAGAUCGUCCCAUUCCCGUUCGCCUUCGCUACGUCACAUGCAUGAAGAUGACAAACCGAUUCCCAGACGGUCCCAAAGCCACGGCUACCCUCAUGGAUACAGCCCUCGCGGACGACUCAGCCCCGGCUCAGUGCAUCGAGACCCAAGCCCACCCCAUCACACUCCUCCGGCUCUAACGGGACCCCGUGGGCCCAAAAGGAAACUCUACAGUGCCGUCCCAGGACGUACUUUCAUUGUAGUCAAGCCUUACACACCACAAGGGGAGGGGGAGAUCCAGCUUAACCGUGGGGAGCGAGUUAAAGACUUUGACUGUAAUGACGUAGAAGUGCUGAGUAUAGGUGAAGGAGGUUUCUGGGAAGGCUCAGUGAAAGGGAGGACAGGCUGGUUCCCAGCAGACUGUGUGGAGGAAGUUCAGAUGAGGCAGUAUGACCCACGGCUAGAGAGCCGGGAGGAUCGCAACAAAAGACUGUUCAGACACUACACUGUGGGAUCUUACGACAACUUCACCUCAUACAGUGACUACAUCAUAGAGGAGAAGAACGCUGUUUUACACAAGAAAGAAAAUGAGGGCUUUGGUUUUGUCCUUCGGGGAGCCAAAGCUGAGACUCCCAUUGAAGAGUUCACCCCCACCCCAGCGUUCCCGGCCCUACAGUAUCUGGAGUCAGUGGACGUGGAGGGAGUGGCCUGGAGGGCUGGUCUCAGGACUGGGGACUUCUUGAUUGAGGUAAAUGGGGUGAAUGUGGUGAAGGUGGGCCAUAAGCAGGUAGUUUCUUUGAUCCGGCAAGGAGGCAACAGACUGCUGAUGAAGGUUGUUUCUGUCACACGCAAACCAGAAUCUGAAGAAGCUGUUCGAAAAAAAGCUCCCCCACCACCGAAAAGAGCUCCCAGCACAACCCUGACUCUGCGCUCCAAGUCCAUGACCGCUGAGCUGGAAGAACUGGCUUCUGCUCGGCGGAAAAGGGGAGAAAGACUAGAUGAGAUGUUGGCAUCGCAAGAAUCUAUGAUGCGUUCACAGCCCUCCGAGGCAGAUUACAGAGCAGCUACUGUCAAACAACGGCCUACCAGCAGGAGAAUCACACCAGCAGAGAUCAGUUCACUGUUUGAGAGACAAGGGAUGACUCUACAUGGAACUCUUCACCCAGGGAUUGAAAGAGGUCACAUACCACUACCAAAGGGAAUGUCCAGGACCAAGUCUUUUGGUGCAACAGAGGAGGAUCGACUAUCUGCCCUUGCAGGCGAGCACAGAUUUCCCCGUAGUUCCUCUAUGACAGACAGCCUCCGGGACCACUCACAGGGCCAUCCCAUCCCCCCACCUCCCCAAACAGCACCUCCCCCGCCUCCUUACUACCUAGACACGGGCCCUCCUCCACCUUUCUGCCCUCCUCCUCCCCCAUCCAGGACCCAGAGUCAGAGCCAUGAGCCCGGAGGACGUUCUAGCUUUAAGCCGUCCUCCUUGGACUUGCCUUACGAGGCCGCUCAGCGGCAGGCCACUCACAUCGAGAGACAGAAAAAAGCUUGCUCCAUGAUUAUCCUGCAGGAUUCUUCCCAUCAACCCGUCGAGCCUACAGAAAUCCCUCGUCCCUGCGCUGCUACGCCACCUGAGCGGAUAAAAAGAAAGGGUCGGGUCAUUGACAACCCUUACGCAAACGUGGGUCAGUUUAGCAUUGGAUUGUACACGCCCACCAAACCGCAAAGAAAAAAGAGUCCUCUGGUUAAACAACUGCAGGUAGAAGAUGCACAAGAAAAAGCUAGUUUAGCCUUAGCUGCUGCCCACUCACGAGAGAGCUCACCCUCAGGAAGACACCCACAUACCCACGGGCACACUCACACCAGCCGUGCAGAUUACUACCAGCAGCAGCUGAUGAUUGAGCGAGAACGUUUGCGGGCCCAAGGAGAGAUGAUUUUUCAGGGUAAGGGCCCCUUUGCUGCAGCAAUUGCUGGAGCCGUGAAAGAUCGCGAACGCCGACUAGAAGAAAGAAGGAAAUCCACUGUCUUCCUAUCUGUCGGGACCCUGGAGGGUUCAUCAACAAGCCCUGACUCCCCCUCUUUGAUUCAGUCUCAUUCUAUAGAUGAAAGAAUACUAACUCGAGAGCUGGGACAGCUUCCUCCACCUGCCUUGGCUCUUAGCCCCUCUCCUAGUGGGACCACCUUUAUCCAUCCACUUACAGGAAAGCCUCUUGACCCCAAUUCUCCACUGGCUCUUGCGCUGGCUGCAAGAGAAAGGGCACUAACCUCCCAAAGCCAGUCUCCAACUGGCAGCCCAGAACCUCGGACUAAACACGACCGAGUAGGUCAGGGUGUAAUGUUUAUAGACCUUCAGACCAAAGAGUCUCCUCGCGGUGAUGGUGCAGCUAGUUCUCCUCCGUUUUCACCUAAAAGCAGCAAGGCAGCUGGGUACGAAGUUGGAUCUUCCCUCGCAUCUGUUUUAGCUCCUCAGACCGCCAAGCCACCAUUGGCACCAUCACCGUCACCAAUAUCAUUCCGCCAAGAGAUGGAGGCGAGAAUAGAGGAAAGGAGGGAGGAAAAGAGACUAGAGGAUAAAAAGAGCAUGUUGAUCAGCAUCAUGGACACAUCACAACAGAAGACAGCGGGGCUGAUCAUGGUACAUGCCACCAAUAAUGGUCAAGCAGCUGGAAUGGGUUCAGAACAUGAACAGACACCUGAGCCCAGCAAAAGUCCACAGGCUAAACCUCCCAGUCCCACUGUGCCCCAGUCCCAGAUCUUACCUCAAACUCAGCAUCCUGCCACCCCUUGCCAAGAGAAGAGUUUGGCUCAGGGAAGUUCAGAAGAGGAUGCAGACACAUACACCGUCACUCUGCCCCCUGCUAUGUUAUCCUCCAGUGACGAGGAAACAAGAGAAGAGCUACGAAAGAUCGGAGUGGUUCCCCCUCCGGACGAGUUUGCAAAUGGGUUGUUGGCACAGGCACAUGCAAUGCCAGCAUCCCCUGCUAAGGCUUCCACCUCUCCUGGGACCCCAACAACGCCAACGGCCCAAACUCCCUCAACCCCAUCAACUCCUAUUGUGACCCCCACCCAGCCUCAGCCUCAGCAGCCCUCACGUCUACACAGUGCUGCAGCUGUCUCAGGGAAACCAUCUGACCCUCUGGAGCCCCCACCAGUGGGUGAGUCCGGCUCCGCGGCUGACUCAGGCGUGGAGGAGGCUGACACACGUAGCUCGAGUGACCGAGAAAGAGAUCAUCAUCUUGAGACCACCAGCACUGUCUCCACGGUUUCCAGCAUGUCCACACUGUCGUCAGAAAGCGGUGAGCCUGCUGACACACACACCACGCACACCUCCUAUGCCGACGGGCAGACAUUUGUUUUCGACAAGCCGCCAGUGCCUCCUAAGCCCCGACUCAAGUCCCAGAUAGGAGGGAGUAAAGGCCCCGUCACCUUCAGGGACCCUCUACUGAAGCAGAGCUCCGACAGUGAGCUGCUAUCCCAACAACAGGCUGCUGCCCUAGCUGCUGCUGCAGCUGGAGGAGUUGGGCUCCCCGUGGGGGGCUCUGCCUCUGUGACUGGUCUAGGCCCCACCAAGCCUCGCUACCUCUUCCAAAGGAGGUCCAAGCUGUGGGGGGACCCAGUGGAGCCUCGAGGCCCAGGGGUGGGGCUAAGCAUUGGGAGUUUGGGCAAUCUUGGUGGACUGGGACUUGGGCUGGGUGCAGACGAAGGUACAAAGCCUUCUGUUAUUGGGGAGCUAAGUUCACGUCUACAGCAGUUAAAUAAAGACACUAGGUCACUGGGGGAGGAGCCACUGGGAACAUCACUUGACCCAGGAAGGAAGUCACCUGUAGCAGGGGCCAGAUGUGAGGACACUGAAGAAAGCAAACCCUAAAGUUAUAGACCAUAGGGAUCAGGGGUCUGCAACCUUCAACUCUUAAAGAGUCAUCUGGGACGAUGUUUUACUGAACACAAAACAGUAGGAACUUUACUUCACCGUUUAAAAUAAAAUACAGUUUUCUAUUAUGCUACUACUAUGAUAGAUAUAAAAUGACUAUUGUUUUUGGGAGAGAAUAUAACCUUUUUUUCAAAAUGUAAAGUGGUUUAUAAGUUCACAUGACUUCUUUUUAAAAGAAAAGACGCCCUGUACCACCAAGGAUCAUCUUAAUGCAUAAAAUGUAGUAGUAGUGGUUAAUAUAAAGAAAGAAGUAAUAUUAGUUUAUUUUAUUAUUUGUGGGGCAUCUCAGCCAGAAAUUCAUCGUAGCCAAUAAAAUGACUCCUACUGUAUUUUUUUAACCAUAAGGCACAUUUGUUCAAAAAUAAAAACAAACCUUAGGUAUGAAUUCUGGUUGUGCUUACUGACUUCAAAUUGGUUUUCUGUGGUGCACGGAGCUUAAAAAUGUGUCGAGGUGUUUUGAUACAACUUUGGUCAACUAGGAAGGAUUGAUGGAUUUUAUUGCUACUAUAGUCAGGAACUUCACGGAGUGAUAGAUAAUAUCUCUCAAUAUUUUGUGAAUAAGUUGAUUUAAUUUUGUUUGCUUCACUUUUUUUUUUUUUUUUGGUAUUAUUAUUAUGAUUAACCAGAGAGCCACAAUGUAGGGGUAAAAAAGUCGCAUAUGGCUGCAGAGCCUCAGGUUGCAGGCCCCUGGUUUAGUUGGUACCCUUAAAAGUUUUUGUGGAGUUAAAUAGUUCUUAACAUUAAGACGGUGUACCUACAGUAUCAAUGUACAAAUGUUGACCUGCGAUGGUUGGUCUUGAUGGCCAUACAUUGACUAAUGGGACACUGGAGAUAACUAUUGGUCCUUAUUAGUUUUCUGGUUUUGCUAGCUACGAUUAGGAUGAAACUUGAGGUAAAUGUCCCAUUUCUAGAUGCUUUUUCUUGAUUUCUUCAAAUGGCAUUUCCUCCUGCCGAAAACCAACAUAUUUCCAAGGUUUCUUGUGUUUCGAGAAGAGUCAUUAAUCAACUUGAUCUAUCAGUGGUUUAAGUGUUUUGGCGCCAAAUGAGACGCCAAUCUUUUGAAUUAAACUGAAAUUUAGGAGUCAGCCAUUGUUCCUUAAUAAGAUCUGAGAAUAGAAAAAGGCUCAAUCAAAUAUAACAUGCCACCUGACACCCAGCUCUGAUUGGGCUCAUACUCUUGUUACCGCCCUGACGGUUGAUUGCGUUUGGCUGUGACAAAGAUGAUCAUUCACACCAUUAUUUCUCUGUGUGUGUUUCACUGCAUCUGUAUUUGUUUCUCCUCACCUUCUGGAGCGCCUCACACAUGUGCCAUAGGCAGUCUUCAUUGUAAUGCUUGCUCAUUCAAUCCUUCCUUCCAUGAUGUGUCAAUUCUUCCAAAAUUCCCUCAAUACCUCCGUGCUUUUGUGUCACUUUGGUAUCCACCUUGCUUUGUGUGACAACUUUGAGUGAUUUAAACAUGUUUCUCAUUUUGUUUGCUUUGUUGUUUUUAUGAACUGUUUUUUGCUUGUACACUUUUUUUAAGAAUCAUUUUUUAUGUGUAAAAAAGGACAGACAUAGUCCCUGACUGUGUUGGCCCUUUAGAUUUACUAACUAUAUUUUUAAAUAGAGCACAUUUUAGUUGUGUAUUUUCUUAACAUCUUUUGGAUACAGUGCAGCACAUACAUCACUAAAAACUCUAUUCAUGUUUGUAAGGAAGUACAAACCCAGCUUUAAAGGUCAGAGACUUAUGCCGGCCUUUUAUUUCUUCAUUUGUUCAUUUGUUUUGUGCAGUAUGUGAAGAGUGUGUUCAUUUCUCUCUCAUGUAGCUCACCAGUUGGACCUUCCAGCAAUGCUGAAACCCGCCCUGCUGUCUUUGCCAGCAGCCCAGUUCAAAGUGACACGUACACAUCAUGCAAGUGUAAACAUCCAGUGGGCUUGUCGGAGACAGCAGCGCUGGUUGAGGCAGUUGUUGAGUCUGGUUGGCAGACUGCGUCUCAUGGAGUGAUGCUAACAUUCUCUCCCAUUGCUCUCUCUCUGCUCACCUUGCAUGCUCCGCCCUGCUGCUCUGAUCUGAUUG